AUGGGCAAUCAAAGUAUAAAAGAUUCAAGUACACGUGCAUCGCCUAAUUUAAAAAGUCGUCGUUCAAUAUCAAAACCAUUUCUUAAUUUAUCUGGUUCACAUACAGAAUCACCAUUAAUAUCAACAUCAUCACUUGCAACGACACAUACAAAUGUAGAUGAUAUAUCUAUUCAUAGUCAAGGCUCAUUUCGUUCAACACCUUGUGGUACACUUGCACAUAUUCAAUCUCAACAGAAUAAUAAUGGUUGUUUAACAUUAGAAAAACGUUGGUUGUCCCGUGAAUUAUUAUUAACACAAUGUGAUACGACAUCAACAUCAUUUCUUGGAAAUAAUAAUAAUAGUAUCACAUCAACGAAUUGUCCUUUACAUCAUCAUCAUCAUCGUCCAAAUACACCAAAUGAUGGAAUAUAUAUUGCUUGUUUACCAUUUAAUGCAAGUGAUCAUCAACAAUUAUCCUUGGCAGUUGGUGAACAUUUAACUAUUGUUAAAUAUCAUGAUGGAAAUGAGGAUUGGGUUGAAGUACGUAAUAGUCAAGGUCAAAUUGGUUGGGUACCACAAGUAUUUAUCAAACCAUUAUCAUCAUUAGAUAGACAUUCAUGGUUUCAUGGAAAAGUAUCGCGAUGUGAAGCGGAAUAUUUAUUAACACAAGGAAUUAAUGGAAGUUUUCUCGUGCGAGACAGUGAAACUGUUCCAGGUCAAUUAUCAAUUAGUCUACGAUACGAUGGUCGAAUAUAUCAUUAUCGUAUAAAUACAGAUGAAAAUGGUCAAUAUUAUGUUUCAACUGAUUUACGUUUUGCUACAUUACAACAAUUAAUACUUCAUCAUUCAGCACAAACUGAUGGUCUUGUUCAUCUUUUACUUUAUCCAAUAAAUAAACAUAAAACUCAACCGGCAUUAUUUAAAAUCGAUGAUAAAUGGGAAAUUCCACGUUCCGAAAUAGCUAUGAAACAAAAAUUAGGUGGUGGACAAUAUGGAGAAGUUUAUCAAGCAUUAUGGAAACGUUAUAAUAAAGUUGUUGCUGUUAAAACAUUAAAAGAAACAAUGAGUUUACAAGAUUUCUUAGAAGAAGCAGAUGUUAUGAAAGAUUUAAAACAUCCAAAUCUUGUUCAAUUACUUGGUAUAUGUACACUUGAACCACCUUAUUAUAUUAUUACGGAAUUUAUGCCACAUGGGUGUUUACUUGAUUAUUUAAAAAUACGACCACGUACUGAAUUAACAUCAACGGUAUUAAUGUAUAUGGCUGGACAAGUUGCUUCAGCAAUGACAUAUUUAGAAGCAAAAAAUUUUAUUCAUAGAGAUUUAGCGGCAAGAAAUUGUCUUGUUGGUGAUAAUCAUGUUGUUAAAGUGGGGGAUUUUGGUUUAGCUCGUCUUGUUAGAUGUGAAGAUCAUUAUACAGCUAAACAUGGUGCAAAAUUUCCAAUAAAAUGGACAGCACCUGAAGGUUUAGAACGAAAUCAAUUUUCAACAAAAUCUGACGUAUGGAGUUUUUCGAUUCUUCUUUGGGAAAUUGCUACGUAUGGUGCUAGUCCAUAUCCAAAAAUAGAACUUUGUCAAGUAUUUGAUCAUCUUCGAGUUGGAAAUAGAAUGGAACGUCCAACUGGUUGUCCAACAGAUGUAUAUAAUCUAAUGCAAAAAUGUUGGAGAUGGAAUCCAGAUGAAAGACCAACAUUUAAAGAAAUUCAUACAGAACUUGAAAGUAUGACAACGGUGGGAUUUCAUAUUCAAGAAAAUGGUACAGCGAAGAUCUUAACAGCUAGUGAGUUUGCUGCUAAUGCAAAUCGAGCUCGAACUGGCCCAUCACUUCCACCACCUCGACCACCAGCGCGUACAUGUUCAUUUACAAGUGUUCCAUCUGCAACUCCACCACCACCUCCGCCUGCUGCUGCUCAUCAAUCAAUUCUAGCACGUUUUCUUUCAUCACCUCGUCCAAAAAUUCCACUAGAUCAGCAACAACAACAGCCAGUUACGAUUAUUGAAGAUCCAAAUGAACAAAUUUUACCCACUAUUAUUCAUCAACAACCAUUACGUGAUCGACCAAGAAAUCUUAAUCCUGAAGCUCGUCUCUCAACAUUUAGUAAAAAACAAACCACUUUACCAAUAACAACAGCAGCACUUCCAAAUUCGAUAUCAACCACAACAUUUGUUGCACAUAAUCAUUCAACAACAAAUGGUAUUGAGCCAUUACAUAAUGUAGUUUGUGAUAGCGUUCAACGACCUAUACCACCAUCAAAACCUAAUCGAGAUGGAUCAAUAAAAAUCAAAUCACAUAGAAAAUCUGCGAAAGCAAAAUCUAAUAUAUCUAUUGAUAGUUUAACAUCUUCAUCAAGUACAAAUCUGACUGAAUCAAAAACUCCCGAACAUCAACAUUCAUCUUCCAAUUCUUCCACAACAACACCCGAAUUUUGUCGUAUUCAUCUUCGACAAACAGGAACUACAUCUAAUUCAAAAACAUCUGCUGAAUCAGAAACUCCUCCAAGUGAAUCAGUACCAUCAUCUGUUGGCAUGGCUAUACGUUUAUUUUCUGAAUAUGCAUCAAGUCGUUGUCAAGAUCCAAAAUCCAGUACAACAACAACAACAACAACGACAUCAUCAGAUAAUGAUCAAUCAUCAGAUACAAUUCGUUCAUUACUUGAAACAGUUCAAUUAUUAAUAAAAUAUAUUCGACAAGUACAAAAAAAUCGACAAAGUAAAUUAAUUAUGACAAAUUCAACAAUAAAUAUUGAUGAUAAUGAUAUAAUUAAUGGUAAAAAUUUAUCCGCUAUGCCAACAACAAUAAGUUUAGUUAAUGAUUUGAAUCUAUUUGGUGAUCGUUGUUUAGAAUUAUCAAAAAUAAUCUCGCCACAAAUCGCAUUUAAAUUACGUGAACAUAUACAAAAUAUCAAAGAUACAUCAAAACCAUUAUUUGAUAAUGAUGAUAAUCGUGAUGAAACAUUUGUCUUUUCACAAAUGACAAGAAUUUUACAGGAUAUUAAAAUAAUUCUCGACAAAUUAUAA